AUGCCUCUCCUAUUCGUUGCCGUGCUCUUCAUCCUCCUCGCCGCCCCGGCCGCCGCCGGCAAGACCGGCGAGCUCGCCGUCUUCUGGGGCCGCAACAAGGACGAGGGCACGCUCCGGGAGGCCUGCGACACGGGCAUCUACACCACCGUCAUCAUCUCCUUCUUCAGCGUCUUCGGCCACGGCAACUACUGGACCGAUCUCAGCGGCCACGCCGUCGCCGGCGUCGGCGCCGACAUCAAGCACUGCCAGCAUGCCAAGAACGUCACCGUGCUCCUCUCCGUCGGCGGCGACGGCGACCAGUACUCCCUCCCCACGCCCAAGACGGCCGAGGACGUCGCCGGCCACCUCUGGGACGCCUACCUCGGCGGCGGCCGUAAGGGCGUCUUCCGCCCCUUCGGCGAUGCCGUGCUCGAUGGCAUCGACCUCUACAUCGAUCACGGCGGGUCGGCCAACUACGACGAGCUAGCCAUGCACCUCAGCCGCCACCGUGGCGGCGUGACCGUGCUCCUGACGGCGACGGUGCGGUGCAUGGACGGGCAGGAGACGAGCGCUGAGGCGGCGCUGGCGACGGGGCUGGUCCGUCGGCUCCACGUGCGGUUCUACGGCGACAGGAGCUGCUCGUACGACUCGUCGGAGCGGCGGCCGUUCUACGGGUCGUGGCUGGGGUGGGCGGAGAGGUACACGAACGCGAGCGUCUAUGUCGGGCUGCCGGCGGCGCGGGACGCGGCGAGCGACGGUUGGAUCAGCCCGGCGUCGCUGGCGUUGGACGCGCUGCCGCUGGUGCAGGGCACGGCCAACUACGGCGGUGUCAUGCUAUGGAACCGACACUUCGACAGGAGCAGCCACUACGGCCUCACCAUCAAACCCAUGGUCUGA